AUGACAAGCGUCGGUUUUGCGACCUGUCAGCGCCUCAUUGCCCAGCUUCUCGAAGACAAUCCCUCCGACGCGCACCCUAGGUCGGAUAACCCCACAUACAGCGUGAUCGACGCGCCUGCUCCCCCAUAUGAGGGCCUCACCCUGAUCAUGGCGUGCCGGAGGCGAAAGAACGCGGAAGCUGCGAGGGAGGACCUGCUGAAGACCCUGGAUGAGCUCGUUGAGAGGAAUCCUACGGAACGCGCGAGGAAGUUCAGGGAAGAGCUGAAGGUGGACAUUGUGGAUUUGGAUUUGGGGAGCUUGGCGAGCGUGUUCGCGGUGGCGCGCGUCUUGAAGGAGAGAUAUUUAUACAUCUCGCACCUCGUCUUCAAUGCCGGUGGCGCGAGCUUCGUGCGCAUCGACUACUCGCGUGUCGUGAAGCAGCUCUUCACCCGCGGCCUCCUUGACCUUGUCACGCAUCCGGACUUCAAUGUGGAGAACGUCGGAGAGACGAGCGCAGACGGCCUCGGCUGGGUAUGGCAAUUCAAUGUCUUCGGGCAUUAUGUGCUGGCUCACCUCCUCGAGCCCCUCCUCUCCUCCCCUCUCUACCCCGACGAUGGGCGCGUCAUUUGGACCUCCUCGGGCGAGGGGGACCCCAGACUGUUCAAUCUCGAUGACUGGCAAUUGACCAAGACCGACCGCUCGUAUGGGAGUUCGAAAUACCAGAUUCAGCUCAUCGCAGGGGCGCUGGACCGAAGAGCCCUCGACUCACAAAAUGGAAAGAGGACCCGCCACCUCGUCUCCGACCCGGGGGUGUGCUAUACCAAGGUGGCGGCUGUGCUGACGAAUGUUGUGCUGGAGACGUUCCAGUAUUGGUUGUACUACGUGGCCCGCUUCUUCGGCUCCCCAGUACACACCAUCACGGCCUACCGCGCGUCCAUAGCGAACGUGCACCUUGCGCUGGUAUCGCUAGCGUGGCUGACGACGUGGAAUCCGUUGUCGAAGGCCACCGCGAAUGGAACUUCCAAUGACGCUGCGAACGGCCACACCGACGGUACAGCAUCUGCCAACGGUGGCCCACACGACACCAAGUCAACCGUCGCGAAACCGCCAACCUACCGCCCACACGUCUUUCACGCGCACACCGACCGCUGGGGCGCGGAGCUCGUGGGCGUGAGCGAGAUGCAGGGGUGGGAGGAGCAUGCGGAGGAUGUGGAGGAGUUGAUGAGGAGGUUAGAGGAGACGUUCGAGGAAGCGAGGGGGAAGUUUGAGGCGUAUUAGAGGGUGAGUUUGAGGCGUAGAGGGGGGAGUUCGAGUCAUAGAGGCAGCUCUGGAGAGAGACUGGAUCUGCACGAUUAGGCAGAGCAGGACAGAACUGACGAUGAUAGAUACAAAUACCUUACCUACUUUCGGCUAAUUCUCAACCGAUACCACUGGUUUCUUGGACCGUAUACGCGGUAGACACAUUCUUGGGUGUUAUACAUUCAACGUUAGGUCGUACAGGUUAGACUUCAUCUCAAUCUCCAUCCUCACGCAUCCCAGCACAAUCAGUACAGGAAGUCAGUCUCCCCCUUCUUGAUGGCAGCGUCCAGGG